UCCUUCAUACGUUGGUCCAGCUAGACAAUUGUCCAGUUAUUAGCAAAGAGGUUGAUGCUAGUUAUUGGUAAAGUGGGUUCUACUUCCGAGAGAUUGGUACUCUUUGUGUUGGUUGUAUCCUCAAAAUGGUCAAAAUUCGUAAGGUGGCAGCUCUUAGUGCUGUUGGAAACAUAGUUGUUGAUUUUACUACGCAUGGGUCAUUAUUUCUACAGUGAGACUACAUGUGUAAACAAGAAAUAUUCAUGGAGCUCACAGCGUCCUCACUAGCAAGUCUUAUAUCUGACCCUGAGCCUUUUGUCCAAGAGAAAGCUCUAUCGCUCGUCCGCAAUCUUGUUGAUGGAUGUAUGAAGUCAGUUGAGCUUGUAUUUGCCGAAGAUGGUAUAAUAUUAGACGCUGUUGGAAGGCAGUUGCAGGGUGCAUCAAGAGAUGAAAUUCGUAUACAGUUUCUGCCUAUCAGCUUUAUACCGCCAUAUCUGAAGUAUGGACAUAAGAGUAGAAACAUAUCAGCUUUAAAUAGAUCGAGAGCAGCAUCAUUCAAACUUGUUGAAAGGUUUGGGAAGCAGUUGAACUUUGGAGGUUCUGAGGAUCCAAAAAUUCUUGGACUUAUUGUUGGUUCAAAAAGAAAAGUUUUUGGUGAAGAAUUUCCUUGA